UAAGAGUGACUACUGACUAGCAUUCAAAUAUUGUAAAAAGGAAACUUCCCAAGUGAGUAACUAUUAAGAUGCCUAAUUAGUUCCGGAAGGGACCCGCCUUUUCCCACCGUUAAAUCGUCGGUUUGUAGCAGUUGACGUCGGAGCCCUGAUCAAAAGGAUCGCAUUGACGCACUCGUUCGUCUUCUUCUAAACAUUCUCAUAAUCUCUUCACACAUGCCGACCUCCCCGGCACAUGGGAGCUUCUCGUUGCCAACGCCGGCAUCGCCUCCAUGCAUACCGCCGUCACCCGCUUCAACACCGUCGUCCUCCUCGACCGCACGAACAUCGGCCCCUCCCGCAAAAUGCUCCGCCGCGGUCACUGCCGUAACGACCCUGACGACGCCGCUCUCAAGCACGACUGUUACGCACACUCCGUCCAGUUCGACCCCAGCACCAACCAAAUCCGGCCCCUCAUGAUCCUCACCGACACAUGGUGCUCCUCUGGCCAGUUCCUCCCCGACGGCACUCUCCUCCAAACCGGCGGCGACCUCGACGGCGUCAGAAAAAUCCGGAAAUUCCAACCCUGCGAGGCCACAGGGUUCUGCGACUGGGUCGAGCUUGAUGACGUGGAGCUCACGGACGGGAGGUGGUACGCGACCAACCAGAUACUCCCCGACGGGUCGGUGAUUAUCGUCGGCGGCAGAGGCGCCAAUACAGUGGAGUAUUACCCGCCGCGAAAGGGCGCCGUCGAGCUGAAGUUCUUAGCUGACGUGGAGGAUGAUCAGAUGGACAACUUAUACCCUUACGUCCAUCUCCUCCCUACCGGCCACCUUUUCAUCUUCGCCAACAACAAGGCCUUGCAGUACGAUCACGUAACCGAUAAGAUCACCAGAGAAUAUCCGCCGUUGGAUGGGGGUCCCCGGAACUACCCUUCAGCCGGAUCUUCGGCAAUGCUGGCGCUUGAGGGAGACUACUCCACGGCCGUGAUCGUCGUCUGCGGUGGGGCACAGUACGGGGCUUUUAUACAGAAGAGCACCGACACUCCCGCGCACGGCAGCUGCGGUCGGAUUGUGGCGACUUCGCCGGAGCCGGGUUGGAUAAUGGAGGACAUGCCGUUCGGGAGGAUCAUGGGUGACAUGGUUAUGCUACCGACCGGUGAGGUUUUGGUUAUCAACGGAGCUCAAGCUGGGACGCAAGGGUUUGAGCUGGCUUCGAACCCGUGUUUGUACCCGCUUCUUUACCGACCCGAUCAGCCGGUCGGAUUGAGGUUCAUGACGUUGAACCCGGGAACGGUGCCGAGAAUGUACCAUUCCACGGCCAACUUGUUACCGGACGGGCGGGUUUUAGUUGCGGGAAGUAAUCCUCAUUACUUCUAUAAGUUCAAAGCUGAAUUUCCCACGGAGUUGAGGUUGGAAGCGUUUUCGCCGGAGUAUUUGGGUCCGGAUAGGGCCAACCUCCGACCCGUGAUCGAGGGUGUUCCGGAGACGGUACGUUACGGCGAGAGUUUUGAUGUGUUGGUGUCGGUGCCUCUAACAGUUGUGGGAAUUGUGGAGGUUAACUUGGCCAGUGCACCCUUUGCCACGCAUUCAUUUUCUCAAGGUCAACGUCUGGUCAAAUUAGCCGUUACUCCUUCGGUCCCGGACGGCGACGGAGGUUACAAGAUUAGUUGUACUGCGCCGCCGAACGGGAUGGUGGCUCCACCGGGCUAUUACAUGACAUUCGCGGUUAAUCAAGGCGUGCCGAGUGUGGCUCGGUGGAUACAUUUAGUAUCAUAAGGAGCUUGUGGAUUGCUUGUUAAAGUUCUUUUGAUGUAUUUAAAAAUUGUGGAUAUGGAAUAUGAAACAUGAAAUUGAGAUGGUUCGUAUAAAAAAAUGAAAUUGAAAUGGUAGUGAUGGAUGUA